CAAUAAUUCAAAAAUGUUUCGAAUUUUAAUUGUGGGAUUAAUUGGUUAUUUUGUUGCUGAAUCAAACGCUUGUCCAGCAUCCUUUAUCACACCCUGCAAACCAGACGACAAAGAAUGUAUACGAUCCAGCGCCGAAGCAGCGUUGCCACGCUUAGUGGCUGGUAUACCUGAAUUAGGAAUACAGAAAUUGGAUCCCUCUACAAUAGAUUCCGUCAACUCUGAGCAAGCCGGUUUGAAAUUCGGCUUCAAGGAUCUUGUUAUAACUGGCGUUAGCAAAUGCAAGAUUCUAGACCUUGAGCGCGAUACAACGAAGAGUACCGUGAAGUUGACUGUCGAAUGUCCGCUCCAUUUCUCUGGGAAAUAUCACCUGAAAGGAAAACUGCUCUUGUUCGAGGCUUAUGGGGAUGGAGACGUCGAAAUCAGUACCCAAAAAGUGCGAUUCAUAGUUGAAGUCAAAAUCAAGGACAUAGUAAAAGACGGCCAAAAAUACUGGAAAAUAACCGGUUUCGACUACAGUUACAAGCUGCUGGAUAAAGUUGAAAUUAACCUGACAAAUCUUUAUGAUGGCGACGAGAAAAAAGCUGCACCAAUGUUGGCGACUAUCAAAGACAAUUCCAACGCGAUGGUUGAAGAGAUCGGCGGUGAUAUGAUACUGCAGCUGUUGACUAUCUACGUGGAUUGUGUGAAGACAUUCAUAAUGAGCUGCCCAGCCAGUUACCUAGAAAUUGCGGAAUAUUAUAAGAAAUCAUGUGUCCCAGUUGCCACGCCAUUCAUACAUCCAUGUAAACCGAACGAUCAGAAAUGCAUUCUGUCAAGUGGGAAAGCAGCACUACCCUACCUCACCGCUGGUGUACCAGAGCUAGGGUUGCCUGUCGUUGACCCCAUAACAAUAAACGAGGUCAGGUCUGAUGGUGUCAACCUGAAACUGGGUUUCCGAAACCUUAAGAUCACCGGUGUCACCAAAUGCAAGAUAAUUGACCUUAGCCGCAAUCCAGAGAGGCACACUAUUAAGCUGACUGUGGAAUGUCCCCUGCAUGCGGAAGGGCAGUACGAUCUGAACGGCAAGCUGGCAUUUAUCAACGCGUACGGGGAUGGGGACUUCAAAAUCUAUACCAACAAAGUAAGCAUCACAGUCGAAAUUAAAGUCAAGGAUAUUCAAAAAAAUGGCCGCAAACACUGGAAGGUCACCGGAUUCGACUACAGCUAUGAAAUGAUAGAAAAAGUCUACAUCGAUCUCAAAAAUCUGUUCGACGGUGAUGAGAAACGCGCUAAGCCGUUGAAAGAUAUCCUCGACCACAGUUGGAAGGAAAUCAUCGAUGAAGUAGGCGGCCCAAUGGUGAAACAAGUAAUAGGGAAUUACGUGAAUUUUGUCAAGGCGUUUUUCCUUGCUGUUCCAUGCAAAGAACUCGAAAUCGCAUAAGUAUACACCAGUAAACGUGAUUUUUAGCAAUAUAAA